CAAAUCCAAAUUCACAUAAAAAUUUGAAGAGAAAAUAGAAACAACACAAAAACCCAAAACCCCUUUCCUGUUUGUUCUUCUUCUUCUUCUUCCUCCUCUCCGUUCCGUUCAGUUAGCCGACAAAAUUCACGCCCAACAAUAUAUACAUACUUCUUCCCAUACAUCAUUAAUUAAUUCUUCUUACACACACACAUAUAUAUAUAUAUAUGUGUGUGUGUGUGUGUCUCUGUGUGUCAGAUGCAUUCCCAUAUACCCAAUUAAAAAACUGAAAAUACAUUUCACAUUUUAAAAUAACCUUCUAAGCUGUUACCGUACACACCCCACUACCACUAUACUUUAUAGUUUCCCAUCCCCAGAAAUCAUUCAAGUACUUACAUUUUUCUACUCUUAUUAGUGCCAGAUUUCAAGGAGUUCCUAUAAAGUUAGCUGAAUUUAUAGCUUCAACUCAAACUGUAUAUAUUCAUGUACAAUUUAAGUAUAGAUAGAGUUAGAUAUAUGUAUAUAUCUGGAUCAACCACUGAUUACUACUACUAUACUUGCUUUGUGCUCUUAGUUGUUUGAGUUUACACUUUGAAUCAUGUGAAACCCUAAGCUAGGUAAUUGUAGGAUUAUAUUCUCUAUAUUCUUGAAAAAGGUUUUUUUUUUUUUUUGGAGGAUCUAUAGUGUUUCGACACUUCCCCUCCAGUGUGACUCGAACCCACAACGGGUAUAUUGUCUAGAAUCUUGGAAAAGUUUUUUCUUUAACCCCCAUUUUGGAGGGAUCUAUAGUGUUUCCACACUUUCGGUCCAGUGUGACUCGAAUCCUAGACCUAUCGGUUAGUGGGUGGAGGUGCUUUACCAACUGAGCGACCCUUUACUUGGAAAAGGUUAAAAUUGGCAAAUGGGGAAUUGUUGUAGAUCUCCAGCAUCUGUAGCUAGAGAAGAUGUGAAGUCAUCUAACUAUUCCGGCCACGAUCAUGGCCGGAAAGAGAAGUCUGGCAACAAGGCGAAACAAAUUACUGUAUUAACGGAUAAGAAAAAGGAGAAUGUUGAGGAGAAGUAUAUAAUUGAUAGGGAAUUAGGAAGGGGUGAAUUUGGAGUGACUUACCUUUGUAUCGAUCGUAGCAAUAGGGAUUUAUUAGCUUGUAAGUCGAUAUCGAAGAGGAAGUUAAGGACAGCUGUGGAUGUGGAGGAUGUAAGGCGAGAAGUGGCCAUUAUGAAGCAUUUGCCUCGGGAUUCGAGUAUUGUGACCUUGAAGGAGGCGUGUGAAGAUGAGAGUGCGGUGCAUUUGGUUAUGGAGUUGUGUGAGGGAGGCGAGCUGUUUGAUAGGAUCGUGGCGAGGGGGCAUUAUACGGAGAGAGCUGCUGCUGCUGUUACGAGGACUAUUAUGGAGGUUGUGGAGCUGUGUCAUAAGCAUGGAGUGAUCCAUAGAGACUUGAAGCCCGAGAACUUUUUGUAUGCUAAUAAGAAGGAGAAUUCACCUUUGAAAGCUAUUGAUUUUGGCUUAUCAAUUUUCUUCAAGCCAGGUAUUACGAAAUUAUGUUGUUUGAAUUGUCAUACCUGUUGUUGGUAACUGAGUGACGCU